AUGAGUUAUGCCGGCAAAGUUGUGCUUAUUACUGGUGCUAGUGCUGGAAUUGGUGCUGUAGCAGCAAUUAAUUUCACCAAAGAAGGAGCGGACGUUGCUAUAGUUGGUAGAAACGAGAACAAGUUAAAACAAGUUGUAGAUAAAUGUAAAGAAGUCGGUAGAACACCACUUGCAAUAAAAGCUGACGUAGCUAACGAUGAGGACGCUAAAAGAAUUAUCAAGGAAACUGUUGAUAGAUUUGGAAAGCUUGAUAUACUAGUAAACAAUGCUGGAAUUGGAGCAUAUGGUACUAUUCUGAAUGGAGAAAUACUUAAAACGUACGAUGAUGUUAUGGCAGUCAAUGUGAGAGCAGUUGUACAUCUCACAUCAUUAGCUGCGCCUCAUCUUGUUAAAACUAAAGGUAACAUUGUAAAUGUGUCAAGUGCAGCUGGUUUUAAGGUAUCUACAUCGCCACCACAGAUAGCCUACUGUGUUUCCAAAGCUGCUGUCAACCAUUUCACAUUAGGAGCGGCAUUGGAACUUGCACCUUCUGGAGUAAGGGUUAAUGCAGUAAAUCCUGGACCGACGAGGACUGACUUCUUGCAAACUGCUGAUGCUCCAAUAUCGUGGGAUGAUUUCGAAAGGAAAACAGCUUUAGGAAGAGUGUCAGAGCCAGAGGAAGUUGUAGAUUUAAUUCUAUUUGUGGCCAGUGAGAAAGCAAAAGGUAUAACUGGAUCGACUUUGCUAGUUGACAAUGGUAGACUUUUAGUGUAA